UGUGAAUCAACCUUUUAGCGUACGGCAGAGUGUCAACAAUGCAGCAGCUCACAAAUUUAUAUGUGUCAUUCAGCUGUCUCAGUGCCCUCUGUUUUACCUCGUAUGAUAAUUACGCGGACAAAAUAGCUUUCUUACGUACAUCGUCCAUUUAAAUUAGCGGUCAACGACAACUUUAGAUCGUCGUCAUAACACAGAUGUUGUGACCUGCUGACAGAAUAGAAUCUUUGGUAGCAACACAAUCAUUUGUACUGAUUGCCUUAUUGAAGUUGCGUUGUGGUUUCUGAGUGCAGUGUUGGUUUCUGAAGUUAAUUAUUUCUAUUUUCUGAGUGAGAUGUGUAAUUGCGACAUGUCCAGUUAUCAAAGGAUUUACUGCAGCAUUUCUGAAGUACCACUUUAUUUUUAAAUGGCGGAGAUGAACGUGUUUCACACGACGUUUUUGUUUGGAGAGUGCCGAUUGUGAUGGUUAAGUAUUAAGAGCAAAAGUAUUCAUUAUUAGAUGGGGAAUGUCUAGUAUAGCGCUCGCUAUUCAAACCUCAGCGUUCGUCAUGCCUUUGUCGCGCACGAGGUCAUUAUUAGCUAAUAUAAAUGGUGCCCCUUCUAGUACUCCGAACGAAACGCACAUAACUCAGUUAUCAGAUAGUACUACUCAGCUACCACCUUUGAAAGCUAACCAAUCCUACUUGGAAGAUUCGAUUUUAACGCCCAUACCAACACCUCAGUCAGUUAAUGGGCAAGCGACGCAGGUAAAUGGCGGGGUCCAAACAUUAUCAUCAGUAUCAAUUAAUUCCCCAUCAAACGACGCAACAUCAACAAGUGCAACUUCUACAGCAACAGCAUCACAAAACAAAAAUGGUUCUUGUAAACCUAAGAGUAUGGUGGUUACGCCCGACCAAGUUAUGGCCACAUAUAUGAACAAACUGACCCCCUAUGAACACAUUGAAGUAUUCAACUAUCCACGUAUUUAUUUUAUUGGUGCAAAUGCCAAAAAAAGGCCAGGUAUUAUAGGCUCGCCAAAUAACAAUAGUUAUGAUAACGAACAAGGUUCAUACAUACAUGUACCGCAUGAUCAUGUAGCCUAUCGUUAUGAAGUGUUAAAAGUAAUUGGAAAAGGAAGCUUUGGGCAAGUUGUGAAAGCAUAUGAUCAUAAAAAUCACGAACAUGUUGCACUGAAGAUGGUUCGCAACGAAAAGAGGUUCUACAGACAAGCGCAUGAAGAAAUUCGUAUUCUGCAACAUUUGCGCAAACAGGACAAAGACAAUACUAUGAAUAUUAUUCAUAUGUUUGACAGCUUUACAUUCCGAAAUCACAUGUGCAUAACAUUUGAACUGCUUUCGAUCAAUCUUUAUGAAUUGAUAAAGAAAAAUAAAUUUCAAGGAUUUAGUUUACAGCUAGUGCGCAAGUUCUCACAUUCACUGUUACAGUGUUUAGAUGCGUUGCAUAAAAACAAAAUUAUUCAUUGUGACAUGAAGCCAGAGAACAUCUUGCUGAAACAGCAGGGCAGAAGUGGAAUAAAGGUUAUUGAUUUUGGAUCAAGCUGUUAUGAAAACCAAAGGGUGUACACAUACAUCCAGUCAAGAUUCUAUCGUGCCCCAGAGGUCAUACUGGGUGCCCGAUAUGGAAUGCCUAUUGACAUGUGGAGUUUGGGCUGCAUUUUAGCAGAACUUUUAACUGGGUAUCCAUUGCUCCCAGGUGAAGAUGAAGGAGACCAACUAGCUUGCAUUAUUGAACUCCUUGACAUGCCACCACAAAAAUUACUUGAUGCCUCAAAACGUGCUAAGAACUUUAUUACGUCUAAAGGUUAUCCACGGUAUUGUAACGCCACAACCUUAGUCGAUGGGUCAAUACUCUUAAGCCCAGGGGUAUCACGAAGGGGAAAACAGAGGGGCCCUCCGGGAUCUAAAGAACUUCAUAGGGCUCUAAGGGGCUGUGACGAUCCAUUGUUUCUGGACUUUAUUCGCCGUUGUUUGGAAUGGGAUCCUGAUGCACGAAUGACACCUUCUGCAGCAUUACGUCAUGCUUGGUUGAGGCGAAAAUUACCAAAACCACCAGCUGACAAGACAAAUUUGCAGACCACCAGUGUAAGGACAGCUCCUUCUUCAUCAAGGAAUUCUUCAAAAGCUAAUCCUUCUGCAAAUGGUGGAUUGAGUAGCAACAAACUCAGGGUUCAAAUGUCUGAUGAAAGAGCUAGUACAGUGCACUCAAGACAUUCUCUGCAUCCAACAAAAUUACCUCAGAUUCCAACGAAUACGUAACAGCAUUUGACUUAUUUUCCACUCUUAAUUUUGUGCAUUGUUUUCUAAUUAAUUUAUUUCAACAGAGGACUGUGAAUAAAAUAUUGAUCUCUUUCUUAAAUUGUACACAUUUGCAGUGUUGUUUUCAUGCUAAAACAGCAUUGCAAAUUAUACUGAAUUGCAUAUAACAGACUUACUAUGUGCAGUCUGUUAAAUGUUAAUGUGUUGUUCCUGUUUCAUAUGUAUUGUUUGAUAUUUGUAAUGAAACCUUGGUUUCGUGACUUAUUUUACACAUUUUUAAUGAGUGUGAAGUAUUCUACAUUAGGAUGCUAUACAUUUUUUAUGUGUUUUACUUUUUACAAUCAUUGUACAUACCGUUUUUAAAGGCCAUGAACUUGUGAGAGAUCUGAGUGAUAUAGUUGAUAACCUAGGGAAAAGAACUGCACUAUCAUUGUACCAAAAGAUAGAUUCAUUUUGUAAUUUUAUAUUGAAUGUGAGAAGAUAUUAACAGUUUUAAUUUUUAAGGCCAUUUACACCUUACUGCAGUGUUCUCUGUUUCAGUAUCGUGCUGCAAUGUAUUAAUUUGCUAAUGUUAGUGAAUAGAUUAAGUGGCACGCAGUAUGCCAGUGUGGUCAUUAGCAAAUAAGAAUCUUUACAGAAAUGCAUGUCAGUGUGGUAUUAAGUUUUUUAUGCAUUGACUGAGUCAUUAUUUUAAAUGAUGAUUACACGAUGGUAAUGUUUUGUUAUUUUUGUUGUUUAUUUAUUUUAACUAACUCACUGCAUUUUAGUAUUACACUCCCAUGCUUACCAGUGUGGCUGUGUGCCCUGUAGAUUGCAGUUGUAAAUGAUGAAUGUAAGAUACCAUUCAUAUUAUUUUUGUUGCUACAACAAUGUGGUGAGCACUUUUUGAUUUUUAAAAUGGUGUGUCACUUGUGACGUAUAAAAUACUCAAAUGUUUCAUUCCAUGGGCUCAUAUAACAUUAGACAAUUAUCAUUUGAUGAAGCUAAAUUAUUGUCACCAUUGAUCUUCAGAAAGUACUUUACUAGUUGGCUUGAAUCAUCAUUUAGUAACUUAUGGUUGUGCAAUGUAUUGUGCUUUCAGGCUUUAAUGUUUUUAAUUGUUUAACUGGAUUAUCUUUACAUGCAUCAAUACCACAUAUUUUAAAGCUUGCCAUAUACAUACAUAUGUUUUGAAUUCUAAGACAAACACAUCAUAUGCCGUAUAAGAAUAUUUCUGACAGUGCUGUGCCCAUUUAGCUGUGACAUACAGCUGUGAGGAUUGUUAUCCAUGAGAAGAUUCUGAUGUUAGUUUGUCAUACACUGAUCAUGCGCAUUUUGAUGGCUGAAUAUUAUGUAAGCUUUGUGCACAAAAGCAGUAUGUAUUAAAUUCUGUAGAAGCGGGUUUCCUUAAA